CCAUUUCUAGGUUUUCUGCAAUUUUUCACUCCAAAAACACUUUCGUUACCUUCUCUCUACUGUUUCGAGAUUGUUUUAUUUAUUUCUCUCUCUCUCGCUAACUCGCUGUUAUCGAAUCGGCUGAGUUUGAGCUCGUUAGCUUCCGUUUUACGCCGACGAUGGGGUCGGUCCCCGAUCCAGGCGAGUUGACCGAGUUAACUCAGCCGAGUUUCGAGGAGUUUCAGAGACAGACGUCGUUGAUGACGAGCUGCACUCUUCUCUGGAAGGAGCUCUCCGAUCACUUCACUUCGCUGGAGCAGAAUCUGAUGAAGAAAUCUGAGGCGCUUAAACAGAUGAUUGAGACCUUAGAUAACCAGACGCAGACCUCGCUUGAGUCGCUCAAGCGCAGGGAGGUUACAAUCGAUCACAGCGUCGAGAUCGUCGCUGGAAAAGUCGGGGAACGAGCCAGAGCUGCUCUGGAAUCGCUUGAGAAAGCUAGAGAUUGUGGUUCUAAUGUAGAUGACUCCUCCGGCGAGGUCGACGAUGACGAAGGGCUUCUCUCCGCGCUGAAAUCACUUUGUUUGAAGAUGGACGCUAGAGGAUUCUGGGACUUCGUGACGGCGAGGAAAAAGGAACUUGAGAAUCUCCGGUCACAGAUUCCGGCAGCGCUUGUGGAUUGUGUGGAUCCGGCGAUGUUAGUGCUCGAGGCGAUAUCUGAGGUUUUUCCGGUGGAUAAAAGAGCAUCAGGGGAGAAAGUGACCAACGAUUUCGGAUGGGCUUGUGUGGUGAUUCUGGAGAGUUUAGCACCUGUAAUGGUCGAUCCAGUGAUCGGGAAAUCGAGGCUGCUUGUUACUCCGAGCGUCAAGGAGAAGGCUAAAGAGAUCGCAGAGACGUGGAAGGCGAGUUUGGAGGAGAGAGGAAGGAUAGAGAACGUGAAGACUCCUGAUGUGCACACGUUUCUGCAACAUCUUGUGACGUUUGGGAUUGUUAAAAGAGAAGAUCUUGCUCUGUACAGAAAGCUUGUCGUUGGAUCCGCGUGGCGCAAACAGAUGCCAAAGCUUGCUGUUUCAGUUGGUUUAGGUGAUCAAAUGCCUGACAUGAUUGAGGAGUUAAUCACCAGAGGACAACAGCUUGAUGCAGUUCAUUUUACUUAUGAAGUUGGUCUUGUGGAUAAGUUCCCUCCUGUUCCUUUACUCAAAGCCUAUCUAAGAGACGCAAAGAAGACAGCAGCUUCUAUCAUGGAAGACUCCAGCAAUACUGGCCGAGCUACGCAUCUCGUGGCCCGCAAGGAGCAAUCAGCGCUAAGAGCGGUCUUGAAAUGCAUAGAAGAGUACAAACUCGAGGAAGACUUCCCUCCGGAGAACCUCAAGAAGCGGUUGGAUCAGCUAGAGAAGACCAAAACUGAGAAGAGAAAACCAGCAGCUGUACCGGCCAACAAGAGAACCCGAGCCAGCUACAACGGUCCAAUGCCACGCAAAGCCGGACGUAUCACAAACGCAUACGUCUCUUCUUUCCCGUUCAUCAGAUCACCGUCUCACUCUCCUCAGUACGCUUCACCAGCAGCUUACCCAUCUCCACCUACAACUGUUUACAGCAACAGGAGCCCGCCUUAUCCUUACUCGCCUGAGCUUAUCCCUGGCUCGUACCAAGGCUCUCCUAUCGGUUAUCCAGCUUACAACGGUUAUUGCAACGGUCCGGUUCCUGCUCCGGCUCCUCCGGUUUACCACCCGCAUUAUCAGCACCACCAUCAACACCCUCACCAUCAGCAAGCUUACUACUGAAUUAGACAGUAUGACUCAAUCAAGAAGGAAGAUGGUAACCCAACAAAACCACUGAUACUACUGUGACAACGCCUCUCUCUCUGCAUCUUGUGUCUCUCUACGUCGUCGUUUUGUCUGUAAUAUUUUCGGAGCCUUAACAUUUCUCUUUCACUCUUAGUAGUAGUAAGUUUAGCUUGUUCUCUUGUUGUGUGUUUAUUUAGUUACAUAUUUAAAAACUCACUUCUUUUCCUCGUCUCUGUUUCUUUUGUAAUGUCUAAUAUUCAGUCAACAACUUAUCUUUCU